UUGUACUUAUUUAUAGCUAAAAGUUGAACCUAACACAAAACCAAGUAGAGAAAAAGUGUGACUCAACAAAAUCAUACUUGCCAAAUAGUUGUUGAUGAGACUCACUCUCAAACUAACCUUCUUUACACCAUGCAUAUGAUCUUUGUAAGCUAAUUAUUACCCAUUUCUACUCCUUUUUUCCCCUUUAAAUCCCAUUUUCAACAUCUUCAAUUUCUUACAACACAACACAAAUGGAAACACAAUCGUUAAACCAAGUUCCCUUAGAAGAAGAGAUCAUUUUUCGAAGUAGGUUUAAGCCAGUUUCAGUGCCAGAAAACCUAAGUUUGCCAGAUUUUGUGCUUCAAGAUGCAGAGUUAUACUCUGACAAUGUCGCAUUCGUCGAUGCAAUGACUGGAAAGGAGUAUACAUAUGGCCAAGUAACAAGGGACACAAAGAGAUUUGCUAGGGCCUUGAGGUCUCUUGGUCUAAGGAAAGGGCAUGUUGUUAUUGUUGUUCUUCCAAAUGUACCUGAAUAUGCUAUUAUUGCUUUGGGUAUUAUGGCUGCUGGUGGUGUUUUUUCUGGUGCAAAUCCUGCAGCACAUACAUCAGAAAUCAAGAAGCAACUUGAGGCAGCUGAUGCUAAACUUAUUGUAACAAAUGCUACCAUCUAUGAAAAGGUAAAGAAUUUGAGCCUACCAAUAAUUAUCCUAGGAGAAGAAACAAAUGUUGGAAAUUCAGGUGCAAUUUAUUGGGAAGAACUUCUUCAAGCAGCUGAUAAGACGAAUAUGAACCAAAUUUCUGAGCCAAUUUUACAAACAGAUCUUUGUGCACUUCCAUUUUCAUCAGGAACAACAGGAAUGUCAAAAGGAGUAAUGUUAACACAUCGUAAUAUAGUAGCCAAUCUUUGUUCUACAUUAUUUAGUGUACCUAAAGAUAUGAUAGGCAAAGUAACAAUUCUUGGGUUAAUGCCAUUUUUUCACAUAUAUGGUAUUACAGGAAUAUGUUGUGCUACCCUUAAAAAUAAGGGUAAGGUAGUUGUUAUGGGAAGGUAUGAAUUAAGGACAUUUUUACAUGCCUUAAUAACUCAUGAGGUUAAUUUUGCACCUAUUGUACCACCAAUUAUAUUGGGUUUGGUGAAAAAUCCAAUAGUGGAUGAAUUUGAUCUUAGUAAGAUUAAACUUAGAGCUAUUAUGACUGCUGCUGCUCCUUUAGCACCAGAAAUCCUUAAUGCAUUUGAGAAGAAAUUCCCUGGUGUUCAAGUACAAGAGGCUUAUGGAUUGACAGAACAUAGUUGCAUAACACUAACUCAUGGUGGUCCAAGUCAAGAGCAUGGUGGUGUUGCAAAGAGGAAUUCAGUAGGGUUUAUCCUACCAAAUAUUGAGGUUAAAUUUGUGGAUCCUGACACCGGUAAAUCUCUUCCUAAGAAUACACAUGGUGAAAUUUGUGUAAGAAGCCAAUGUGUAAUGCAAGGUUAUUAUAAGAAUGAUGAGGCGACUCAACAAACUGUGGAUAAAGAAGGUUGGCUUCAUACAGGAGAUGUUGGAUAUAUAGAUGAUGAUGGAGAUAUAUUUAUAGUGGAUCGCAUCAAAGAACUAAUUAAAGUUAAAGGUUUUCAGGUCGCUCCGGCUGAAUUGGAGGCUAUCCUUCUCUCACACCCUUCAAUUGAAGAUGCAGCCGUAAUCCCAUUGCCCGAUGAAGAUGCAGGAGAGCUCCCAGCUGCUUGUGUAGUAAUCAACAAAAAUGCCCAAGAGAGUGAAGAAGACAUAAUGAACUUUGUUGCAUCAAAUGUGGCAAGUUAUAAAAGAGUGAGAUCAGUUCAUUUUAUGGAAACAAUUCCAAAAUCUCCAUCAGGGAAAAUCAUGAGAAGGAUUCUCAAGGAGAAAAUCAUGGAAAAAAUCAAGGCCAACAACAAAGAAGUUUAAUAUUUUUACAUAAUAAUUAAUGACAAUGUUACUAUCUUUUCUAUAAGAACCUAUUUUUAUUUACAAAAAUUGGUGUACUUUGAAAGAAAUUGGUAUCUCCUUUUAUAGUAUAAUCUAUGGAAUUCUUAGUUUGUAUAAUUAAGGGUUAUGGUCUUAUAUAUGGAGAUAAUACAGCUCUGU